AUGAAGUUCCUCAGCCUCCUUACUCUUACUUCCUUCGCCACGGCCUCUCCUUUCCGUCGGCAACAAACCGUCACAGGAACCAUCAGGUCCUCAGUCAACACUCUAUCUGACGCCACUGCGGUAACUCUCAACCAGAUCAACGAUAAUGUCGCCUUGAUCAAGAACAACGUCGAUGCCCAAGUCAUCGUAGAAGCUCAGGCUCUUCUCAAGGCCAACUACCAAGCCAUCGCCCAGGGCCUGGCCACUUCCACAACCACAAUUGUCAGUGUCACAACAGGAGCAGCUGGUGGCGUUGCUGCCCAAGCCAUUGGUCUCACCAACCAACAGAUCGUGACACUCACUGCCUCUGUUAACGCCGUUAUCAACAUCCUUGAGAAUAUCGGUGCCACUGUCACCAUCACCGUCACAGACCUGACUCCUGCUCUGCGAGCUACUUUCCAGUCCGAGAUCAAUGCUGUCAAGGCUGCCAUCAACCCCUUUGUUAGCCCUGUUUUCCUUUUCGCGGCUGCUGUACGAGCUGCGAACGUUGGCGGUAGUGCCACUAUCACUGGUCUCGACAAUGCCAUUGUCAACCUCGUCAGAGUCUACAGCGACGUCGCGGCGUCCAUCGGCAUUACUCCCAUUAAUCUCUAA